GCUAUUAAAGCAUGAAAAUAAACAAGUACAGGUGACGUUUAUGUAUGAAUCUCAAAGUAACAAGUUGUUUGAGAGGUAGAUGAUUAUCGACGAUUAGUACCAUGAAGUUUUAUCUUGGUGCGAUCUUGUUGGUACUGUUUAUUGACGUAACAUUCCAGGAAAAGAAUAAUAAAAGUAAAAGCUCCAAAGCAGCCGAUCGAUGUUUCUGCAAGUUAAAAGGUGAAAUAGAUGAUUGUACAUGUAAAGUAGAAACAAUUAGUGAUAUCAACAACAACAAAAUAUAUCCUAGAUUAAAGAGUCUACUCUCCAGAAACUAUUUCAGAUAUUUUAAAGUGAAUUUAAAGAAGCCAUGUCCAUUUUGGCCAGAUGAUAGUCGAUGUGCUUUAAAAGAUUGUCAUGUUGAUAAAUGUAAAGAGGAAGAAGUACCGAUAGCUUUAAAGAAAGGUCAUGAUAAUAAGUAUUCUAAAGAAGCUCAAAAUAAAGAUAGUUGUGAAGAAGAAAGAGAACUAGGUGCUUUAAAUACAUCUCUUAGUGAUGAGAGUAAACAAGCGUUUAAAGACUGGAAUAAAUAUGAUGAAUCUCAGGAAUUAUUCUGUGAUGUUGAUGAUGAAUCAUCAGCUGGUAUGGAAUAUGUUGAUCUUUUAUUAAACCCUGAAAGAUAUACUGGUUAUAAAGGAGACUCACCUCACAGAAUCUGGAGAAGUAUUUAUGAAGAAAACUGUUUCACGCCGCAACCUGAUAUAGGAUAUGGUCCAUCUAAAAAAAAUAGUCCAUCUUUAUGUCUAGAGAAAAGAACAUUUCAUCGUUUAAUAUCAGGAUUACAUACCAGUAUCAACAUACAUUUAUGUUAUGAUUAUCUCUUUCAAGGAAAUAAUAUUGGCUACGGUGAUGUUGGAAAAUGGGAACCGAAUAUAGAGGAGUUUAAAAAACGUUUUGAUCCUAAAACCACAUCUGGAGCAGGACCACAGCGUUUAAAAAAUUUAUUUUUUACCUACUUAGUAGAAUUAAGAGCAUUAGCCAAAGCAGCACCAUACUUAGAACAAGAAGAUUUUUUUACGGGUGAUACAGAAGAAGAUCUAAGUUUAAAAGAGGGUAUUAAAGAUGUAUUAUCUAUCAUUAAAUCUUUUCCAGAUCAAUUUGAUGAAAGUAAAUUAUUUGCUGGAAACCCUGUUGAGGCCAAAUUACUCAAGGAGGAAUUCCGUAAUCAUUUCCGUAAUGUAUCGAGAAUUAUGGAUUGUGUUGGCUGUGAUAAAUGUAAACUCUGGGGUAAACUUCAGACGCAAGGUAUGGGUACAGCUUUAAAAAUUUUAUUUUCUGGUGACGAUGUUGGACCAGAUUCUACAGUCAAUGCUCAUCAUAAAAAACAAUUCCAGCUGACCAGAUCUGAAAUAUUUACACUAUUUAAUGCCUUCGGACGUUUGUCUAAAUCUGUACAUUCCUUGGAGAAGUUUAAAUCUUUAUUAAAUGAUCCAAUGUAAUCAGUGAGUGUGUGAUAUAUAUAUAUAUAUAUUAUACCAUGGCAAUCAUUUCAUGUAGUCUCGAUAACCCAGUCUUUCCUGCUGAUGGCAUUCAUGGAGCACUAGAAAUACUUGUCAACUUGGCAGAAUUUCAGAGCCAAAGUCUUUUUCAAUCUAGUUUAAAAAUUACUCUUAAUGCAUAAAAUGCAAUAUCUGUGAAGUAAUUUGGGUAAAUGGAUCGAAGUAAUCUUUCAAUUGCAAAUUAUUUAUUGUAUUUUAUACAAGUUGGAAAUUUUAUCUAAGUGUAUGGCAACUGCAGAUAUUUUGUUUGGUGAAUGAGAGGCACUAAGGUGUGACUUGAUAUUCAAAGAUAUCUCAAAAGUCAAUUCUUAUUUUUAGACCAUUGUGCUGGUAAUUAUAGACUGGUUAAUCAAGAAUAUUAUUUAAUACAUAUUGUUAGCGUAUACAAACUUGUUACUAGCGUAAUUGUUAAUUUAAAGUGACAGUCUCCUGAUUACUACAACUACUUAAUAAAACAAUGAAUGGCUCUUUAAAAAUGUUUAUUAAUAAAACAAUGAAUGGCUCUUUAAAAAAUUUUAUUGAUAAAAGCUAUUUAAAAAUGAUUAUUAAUAAAGUAAUUGUGGUGCUGUAAUUGUUACUGUUGGUAAAUACCGUUCUCGGGUGUUGUAUUAAAGGUACUUUAUUCAAGAAAGAGCUAAAUCUGCCUAUUGUAGGUUUUUAUUUUGGCUUCAAAUGUUGUUCACCUGACAAGCCUAUUGUCAACUCUCUAGAACAUUGGAUGGUGCAGAUGUAAACAUAUAGAAAUACGAUAGCUAUUUAAUGAUUUAAUUUAAAAAUGGAGCAAUAAUGUUGCUACGAUAAUAAACAAUCUAUGUUAAAACUUUGCUCAGAAUAAAGUAAUUUGAAUGAAAUUUUGAAUUAUCCAUUUUGGAACUAUUAUGGCAACAAACGACCAGCCCUUUAUCUAAAUCUUACAUAAUGCAUUUUGAACGUUUCUGUAUUGAACUAGUUCAAAAGAAAUUAUGAAAGUGUGUUUGAUUGGUCAAUAUCCAAAAUUAGAUUUCUUUAUUUUAUAUAUUCAGCAUGUUGAUAUUUUUCAUCUAAAAGUUCAGCUUCAUGCAUUAUAUUCAGAAAGUGGAGAAAUAUAAUUAUUAGAAGUAAAAUUAAAAUAAAAAAUGAAUUCCGAUUUGAUAAAAUUAAAAUAAAAAAUGAAUUCCGAUUUGAUCAGAUUCACUUCAGCCGAACACAAUUUAAGUGUCAAUAUAGUAUAUAAUAAAUAUGGUAUUUGUAACAAGUCAUUAAACUGUUGAAAGAUGGCAAUUAUUUAUGGUCAGUUUUUUUUAUGGAGGGACUGUCACUUUAAAAUCAUGUUUUAUCAUUAUUUAUGUUAAGAAUAGACUUUAUCAUAAAUGGUAUUGUUAUUGUGUUGCUGUUCUUAAUUCAAUUCUGAUCAAUGUAUUGUAUAAUUAUCAUUUAAUUAUUGAACAUUAUCAUUAACUUGAUAUAACCAUGGUUUAUAGCUAUCAGUGCUAAGUAUUCUAAGGCCACUCUCCAACCUCGUGGGUUUUCUCCGGGUCCUCCAGUUUCCUCUCACUGCUAAAGACCCCUAUGUGCAAGCGAAUUAUUGAAAUAAAAUUAAACCAUAUAUUAGUCCUGAAAUGACCUAGUUUGUGUUGAGUGGACGUUAAACCCCAUUUCUCUCUCUCUAAGGCCACUCGGAUUUGAUAGAAUGGUGGUUCAUUUGACAUUAAUAUUAAUGUCAUUGCUAGUCUGCCUGGAUUUGAUAGAAUGGUGGUUCAUUUGACAUUAAUAUUAAUGUCAUAGCUAGUCUGCCUGGAUGUGAUAGAACAGUGGUUCAUUUGACAUUAAUAUUAAUGUCAUAGCUAGUCUGCCUGGGUGUGAUAGAAUUGGGAUCAUUUGACAUUAAUAUUAAUGCCAUAGCUAGUCUGCCUGGGUGUGAUAUAAUUGGGAUUAUUUGACAUUAGUGAUAAUAUCCUAGAUGUGAUUCUCUUAGUCUGGUCAACCCCAAAUUUAGUUUUCAGGUGAGUUUUGUAACCAUUAUCAACAAGCCUGGAAUUUAUACCAGACACUGUUUGUGACAGGUAGCGUAUUUCAGGUUUGAAUUAUCGAAUACGGAGAUGGGACACACACAGUCUUCAGAGGUCCUUCAUAGUGGUGUGCCAUCGCUGAAAAAAUGUUCAAUUUUCGAAGUGAGAUAUAGUGAAGUUGUUGUCAAUGAGCACCUCAGCCCACUCACUUAUACAACUGUAUUUUAAAAGAAUGUCUCAAAUCUGUGUUCUGAAAUUCAAUAUAAAGAUAGCUCCACUAUUAUUAAGACCCUUUGACUGGUCUUGUUAGUGAGGUUUCACUGUAUUAACAGCGAAUGGUUGUUAUAGACAAUGGUUAUACCAAGUUAUUGUAUCAUAGAAUCAUCUUGUAUCAUAUAAUCAUCAAUCAUUGCAUUCAAUCAAACAAUAAUGUUACUAGGCCAAAUCAGUUCAUUAAGACUCCAAAGAACUAGAAAUUAAUUAGUUUGGUAUCUUUGGCCUUUCGUAGUUUCCACUAGUAAUAGUACGAGUAGAUAUGAAAUCAUUUGAGAAAUUCUAAAAUCCUAGUAUUCCAAACCCCUUCGUUUGGCCUUCAUAGUUUCCGCAGACAUGAUAUCAUUUCUAAAAUUCUGAAUAGAAAUCUCAGUAUUCCAACAUUCUUUGCACUCUGAAAUUACAUUGGAUUGGCUUUGGUAGUUGCCACUAAUUGUUUGUAGUGCAAUACCCCUGCACUUACCAUAUUCGAGACAUGAAAUUAAUUCUGAAAUAGAAAUCCCAAUAUUUCAAACACCCUUUGUCACACAGCUUUAUCAAUAUGAUACCGGUACAUAAGAACAUGUAUUUUAAAUUAUAUCAUUAAUAAAUCUGCCUCAGACUUCAAGAAUUUCCAAAAAUAUUGCAGGGUCGUUAAUUCAGUUGAUAUGGCGAUAUUGGCUCUAUGGAUUAUAUUUGAUCUUUUUGGGGGACCAGGAACAGGGCUCCAAGCACUACUCAUCUUGUUGUUCUUCUUGGGGACAACGCUCUUGGAAAAAAGCCUAAGGCUCCGACAGAUUCAAGUAUGAUUGACAUGAAACUUAGCAUCCUUAUUCCUCGGACAAUUGUGCUUCAACGGAUUGAAGUUGGUUAUUGAUUUGACUUCACAAUUCCAAGAUGGUUGCGAUAUGAUACUUGAAAUUCUUGUUCCAUGGACAAUUGAGCAUCAAUUGAUUGAUUUUGAUUGUUGAUAUGACAUAACAAUUCCAAGAUGGCUGCGAUAUGAUACUUGUCAUCCUUGUUGUUGGACAAUUGUGCAUCAAUUGAUUGACUUCAAUUUUUGAUAAAACGUCAAAAUUCCAAGAUGGCCACGAUGUUCAGUUCCUGGUCCAUAAAGUACUAUUGUACUUGUUUUAUAUUCAGAUAAUCAUAAUUUAAAUUGACGUAUAUCAUAUAUUUAUGUAAUGGAGUUUAAUAAUAAAUGGAGAACUUAAGCUUUAAUAGUAUUCUAGCUGUAAUUGAUCCUUGUUACUCUUAGUUACCUGUGAGUGAUUUCCAAUGGUGAACACAAUUGCUAGUCCUAAUUAAGGCCACUGCUCAUCAGUUGUAUUUUUCGGGCAAUAUCUAAUAUUUCAGGGCUUAAAUCAUGUUAAAAUUUAUUUAAAUUGAUAAUCUCUGCACAUAGAUUCAAUCAGAUUAAAAAGAGGCCCAUCAGAGAUUUUAUCCAACUGGCACUGGCUUCUUUAUGUCUUAUGCAGAAGAUGCCGAAUAUUGUGAAUUUUUCCUAUCUUUGUUAAUACUGAAAGGAUUUAAACCAUUUUUAGACUUGCAUACCUUUCAGAGAUUCAACUCUUGCAGGGGAUUUCAUAACCCCUCUAAUGACGGUCAGUGGCAUUAAUUCCAUGUGAGUGAUUGGCAAUGGUGCACUUAAACCUUUGUUGAAUUGAACACAUUGCUAGUCCUAAUUGAGAAAUUGCCAAUUUUAUUUUGAUACCCGGUAUUGUAAAAAUAUCACAAUAAAUAUGUCCAUGUAUAAUAAUAAUAAUAAUUUGAUCUCCUGUAUGUUGUUAAAGUUGUGUUUUAUUUUAGUGAAUCCUAUUUUUGAACUGUGAGUAUUCUUUAAAAUCAGGAUUUUUUUUCCAAUAAACAUGAUAGACGACACAAUGCGUAAGAUUUUAGAAAAAAAAAACAAGAACUUUUCUUAGAAACUGCCACAAUAGAUCGUAUACUCUUCUAUGCUGCCAAUAGCAAAAUUAUUUAAUUCUAUGUCAUUAAAAUACAGAUGUGUCAUUCUUUGAUAUUGACCUGCCCACCUGAGAGUCUAGAACAUUGUGUCGAUCCUGAUAUCAAAAUAUGGAGUGAGUAGAAACUACCAGUAUAAUGAUAGGUGGAAAUGUUUUCUUAUUCAGUAGGGAACGUGCUUUAUCGUCAGAAAUUAUCUCUGCAAUUAAAUUGUUUAGUUGAUGAAUAAAAUUUUGUUUCCAAAACUUUUAAUGGGGUAUCUUUGUAGAUAAAGCAGAAGUUUAGGCCAUAUUGAAAAAAAUAUUUUGGUUCUCAGAUUGUCUUAGAAUCAGAAUAUUUUUUCUUUGUGUGGCCUUAUUUCUGAAGUAUCAAUAUCAUGUUUUCAAAUAGAGAUAAACUAUUUUCAAUAUUGAUGAUUUUAAUUUUGAAGACUUUAGUUAUUGUACAUCCUACGUUACAUAUUUGUAUAUUUUAGUAAAAUAAUAUUUUUUGUUAUUGAAUAUUACAGAAUGAAUUAGAUAUAGGUGUUUUAUUAAUUAUAAAAUUUUGUACCUUUUGUAGAUCUGACUCAAUUCUGACUCUAUUCUAUCUUCACAAAUAUAUUAAUAAACAUCUUUCAUAUAAUGCAGUGGUUCUCAACCUUUUUUGCCAAUGGCACACCUUGUAACGCAUGAAAAAAUAGCGGCACACGUGGCUAGAUAUGUAUGAAAACUAGUGUAAUUUUGCAAAAUAAAAACAUCAUAAGUCAGACGGCAUACAACCGUAGACAUAGACUAGUCAUAGACACAGAAUGACUCAAACUAAAUACAGAAAAACACAGCUAUGAACUUAUCAGUAGACACCAGUGAAUACUCAAUUGGGAUCACAUGGGUUUUCACAUUUUCUUAGUGUGCCGUUCAAAAUUCUGCGGCACACUGGUUGAGAAUCACUGAUAUAAUGCAUAAUUUUCAUAAACAACAUGCAAAUAAAUUUUAAUUUUAGUUAAAGUGUUGCACAUCAAACAGUUAAUACUUAUUGAAACUUCAUCAUAACUAUGUUAUUUAUUUUGAUGUAUCCUUAAAACCCAUGGGACUAUUGUCAGAAAAAUCGAUAUGAUCUUAAAACUUUAUAAAAAAAGUAUAUAAGAUACAAUUAUCCACGCUGUCGUUUCCAUUUUUGCUUCAAACAAACUUAGGAUGAUGGUAAUUUGGACUUUUCUGAGAAUACGCCCUGGGUUGAUAAAAAUAUUCCUGACAAAUUUUAACCUGACAUAAGUUUAUGUGUCUGUUUUGUUAUUUUGUGUUUCCAUAGAAACAAAUCUGACUUUGUUUUUGGUAUACAAUUUUUAUUCUGGGUAUACAAUUUUUAUUCCGGAUCAUAUCUCAUAAACUGUUCAAGAUAUAUUUAUGGAACUUUGUACACACAUCAACCAUUAAGUUAAAAUAAAUUCUAGUUUUUC